CUAGCUAGCGAGUUAGUUAGUUAGUUAGCUAGCUAGCUAGCUAGCAAUCUAGUAAACGUUUUUUACUACAGAUUUGUAUUAAAAAAGAAAAGAAAUAGCUGGGGGUUUUCUGAUAACAGUGUGCUAAUCUCAAUAAGCGAAUUACAGCAGGUAGUGAAUUAAUAUUAGAGUACUGUUUAGAUGGCACGCAUAUGUGGCACAGGUAUGAAAUGCAUUGUCGAAAAAUUCUCUCUGGACUCCGAGCAGCCAAUGACCCAUCUGCAACUCGCCUGCUGUAGCUCACACUACGCUUUCCCAAGACAGGGCAAGAAUCUAGAAGUCUACAGGACCACCAGCACCGAACGACCCCUACAUCUCACUGGUCACCAUAGUAGUGUCUCCGCCUUAGUGUUUGGGGAAAAGAGAACUCCACUUCUCCUCUGCUCUGCCUCAGAGGACUAUGUGAUCGUGUGGGAUGUUGAAUGCUGCUACAGACAAGUGAGGGAAGGUAUAAUUGCUACAGGUGUGGUUGUUGGCACUAUGCUGGGCAAGGCUGUUCAUUUGUCAUUGUGUACCCUGAAUAAGAGAGUGGCUGUGUGCUCAGGCUCCAGAGUGAUUGUGGUAAAUGCAAAGAGACAAGAAGUACUGGCAGUGUUGAAUGGUCACUUGGGUCCUGUAACUGCUUCAGGCUUUUGUCCAUGGGAGCCCAGCCAGCUCAUCUCUGUCUCAGAGGAUCGGACAUUCAAGAUUUGGGAUGUGAAUACAGAGGAGAUUCUUUACCAGUCUUCUGUCCUCUCAGGUUGUCCAUUGCUCAGUCUGUACUUCAUGGAUAAGCACAGACAGUUUGUCACAGGAUCUGCUGAUGGACAGGUUUGGUGUUACACUCUUCCUGAAGAUCACAAAUGCCACAUGGUGAUGAAGCUUGAUCUCCAGAAGCUUGAGCAGAGGCAUCAGAAAAGUGUGAAGAGCAGUAAUCAGCAACAGACUAAGCCGGCAGGACUUCUCUGUGAUGGCCAACGAGGUGAAGGGGAGACAGCAAAGCCAGUCCUGAGCAUCUGGGCCCAGUCACCUCAGUUGGAUCCCUCUAGCAUGCAGCAGAGAAAUAGCGAAAUAUGGAUAGGGAGUUUGGAUGGGCUGUAUUUGCUUGAUCUGGCUACUUCAGAGCUUCUUGUGAGCCUUCAUUUCAGAGAGAUACCUGGUUUGAGCAUCUUGAUGGUUGGGUCAUGGGCAACCUCCCAAGGGCACAAUAACAAAAUGUGGUGUUUGGUGACCUCUUUGUUUGAGGCCAAGGUGGCACUGCUGGAUGUUACUGUUGCUGGACUGAAUAGCCUCUGCUUCCUUACGGAGAAAGCAUUUUCUUGGGAGGAGAGCCUGUCUGUGUUUCCCAGUUCUUCCCCAGUGCCCACCUCACCUUUGAAUGCUGAACUAAAGAAACGAGAACCAAAAUCUCUGAAAAAAACAGGAGUGAGAAAUCAUGCACUUGUUUUUCACACAAUGGUGAAGUCAUCAGGAUAUGCAAUGUGUCCUCAUAGGACAAUAUUUACACCCAAGACUAAUAUCAAGCAAAAAAGCAAUACUUCUAAGGAAUCUAAAAAUAAUGGAGCUAUUCUACAGGAGUAUCCAUCACAUUCCACAGCCCCAAGUGCCCCGCACACUCAGGUGGCCAUAUCCACCAUGCCAACCACUAUCCACUGCCUCCAAUACUCAGGAGAUGCAAAGCAGUUCAUGUGUGGACUUGCCGAUGGGUCUGUUUUUAUGUAUAAGGCCUCCAUCACUGGCAGCCCUGCAGUCUACACAGGGCAUAAUAAGCCAGUGACCUCUGUGUGUUGGAGUCACAGUAGGCAGUGGUUCCUGAGUGUGUCUGAUGACCACACACUGGCAGUCUGGCCCACUGAGGUCACUGAACCAGCUAUGACCAUGGGAAAAGAAGGACAUCUGAAGGCCAUCAGAUGGGCCCAGUUCUAUUACUUAGACAAGUUUAUACUACUGGCCUGUGGGUCCAGUCUGCGCCUGUAUCUUUACCACCUGGACCAGACAAAAGAUGACAUCAAGAGAUACAAACAGAAGAGCAUGUUCAAGCUGUCAAGCACAUUCAGCACGUACCUAGGAACAGACAUCAGUGCAGUCUCAGCCGUCAACGACUUUUAUUCCUACAUAAUCUUGGCUGCUGGGGCUGAUCACUCCAUCCAAGUGUUUGACAUGAACCACGGCUGUGUGGCAGCAAAGAUUACUGAAGCUCACUGCAGAGCUGUCCACCACCUCUGCCAGAAUAAGGGAUCCAUGUUCAGUACAAAGGACCAGGAUUCAUACAAUCUUUUCCUCAGCAGUGCUGUAACAGAUGGUAUUAAGCUAUGGGAUCUUCGUACUACAAGGUGUGUUCGCCGGUAUGAAAGCCAUCUGAAUCGGCGUCAUUGUUGUACAGUGGCUGUGUCACCUUGUGGACGUUAUGUAGCUACUGGCUCUGAAGACAACUGCGCCUAUGUGUAUGAUAUACGAAGCAGCAGCUUCCUGCACAAGCUCCAGAGGCAGUCUGACACAGUUCUGAAUGUGGCUUUCAACCCUGCCACUCCAGAGCUUUUGACUGGAACGAUGGAUGGAAAGCUGACCCUAUUUCGUCUGUGAGACAGAGCUAUUUGAGGUCUACAUAGACUCACUCAUCUGGGCCUGAUAGCAGGCCUGCUCUACAUUCAUGUUUAGUCUUCCCUGUAACACAGAUCCAUGACCACUGUAACUUCCAGCGUUCAGCCACCAACCUUCUUUUUUAUGCGAAUAUAUAAACAUAUGUAGGCUUCUGGCCUAUGAGUCAGCAUACCACACCAUUUAUGUCUGCUUUAAAGUUAUACAUACAUGUACUGAUAGUAUUAUGAAGAUGUUCAUAUUUAGAAAAACAUUUGCAUAGUCUAAUGUAGACAUUUACUCGGUUCCAAUGUAGUGAUAUGUGUCCAUUCAUAAAUAUCUGUGUACUGGGUCCUGUUCCUUGGGAAUGAAUUGUCCAUUAAAGAACUCAUCCUCUUUAGUUUCACUGUAUUUACAAUCUUGACAUGAAAAAAAAAAAUUGAAAGCAUUCAACACUGGGAUUUUAGUUACCAUUAUGUUGGUAUUGAGAACAUGGCCUGUGGGAGUAGAUGUUUCGAACCAUCCUUGAUGUGUGUAAAUGCAUUAUGUACUGUGUUUCCAUGAUCUUGGCCAUAUCUGCACUGUAAAUCUAGACAUCUGACUUGUGCUAUGCACUGCACAUUGAUCAUUUAGACAGACACAUCUUCAUUUUUCAGCAGACACUGUGUUACUACCAGAAAUUCCAUGACACUUCAAACUGUUUAAACUGAUUGGACUUACCUGGAUUUGCGACAUUACCAAAGCUGCAGAAAGCUACUCAGAACCGUUUAAGGAAGGGGAAAAUGGAUAUGCUGUAAAUGCUGUAGUUGAAAAAUGCUGCAGCUGACAUUCCUAGCACCAAACCGCAGAAGUAACAGAUCUCCCACUCGGGAGUUAAAGCAAUAACCCAUGAGCCACCGGUUAUUUGUCUGUUCUCCUCUAGGCUGUUAGCCGAGCCCUUUCCUGGCUGCCGGUGAUCUGAGCUUUGCUUAGAACAUUGCUAGAGUGCAGCGGCUUUUUGGUGAUCUCCUUUAAGACAGUGUUUCUCAGUUUUUUUACCUGCUUAUGCUCUGUAUUGAAUGCCAGCCUCAGAAACAGUAACAUUAUGAUUUCUCCGUUUUCACUCUUCAGCUACUUUAAUGCUGCAUAGUGCAUUUAAAGAUAGUGGGAGAACCAUAAAAAAAACAAUUUUAUUUUUGAUAUGUUUGCUGUUAUAUCUAACCACAUAACAGAGAGAGUAUAUUAAAAAACUCUCAGAGAGAGUUUAUUAAAAAUUUAUAAGGGUGUGGAAAGGAAGGUUAGUUGCACUUUAGGGAAAGCAAUAUCAAGAAUUAUGGCUAAUAGGAAACAGAUCAGUUCACCGCAUCCAUGUUGACUCUGAAUUAAGGCUUCACAGCAAUAAGGCAUUGGUCUUGGGGUAUAGUUUUGGGAUCUGCCUGAUGAAGAACAUUCCAUUAGACUUCAGCAAUCCUGAAAUCUAGGUCAGUCUGUUGGCAAGUCACAGAAUAUGAUACACAGCUUUAUAUGGAAAAUUACUGAUAUAGAAAGGACCACACAGACAUGUUCACAAUGAGUCAUAUCACAAAUUACUGGAAUUAACCAGGCUUUGAUCCCCAAACACUGAUGACAUGAUUAGCUGGAUAAUGGUAGGGCUAAUGCUGGAAAUAAGUGUUCAUCCACUAUCAUUAUCAUUAUCAUUAUAUUUGUCCUCCGUAACUGUGUGCUUUGGCAUCAAAUAUUGAGAAAGGUCAAGGAAGGGGUAGAGGAAAAAUAUUAGGGCUUGUAUAAGUGUAAUGAUAAAGUAGUAACAAAAUGCUAAUUAUUCAUCUCUGGUGUGCAACAUAGGUUAGACCACAGGCACAUGGUUAUCAAGUAUUUCAAUGCAUGAACUUUUUAAAAUCCCCUCUACUGCCUUAAGUGCAAUGAACACAAGCAAAUUUACAAAUGUUUAGCUUGGUGCACAAACUGGAAGAGUUCAAUUAAAAAAUGUUUUUAAAAAAGUUAAUUGGUUUUGCUAGAAAUGUAUUGCACAGUAAACAAUAAAUACUUCACACUA